AAAAGGGGAAGCACUGUGGAAGAAACAAAGGACCUAAUUCAGCAACGUCGCGAGAAGUUGGAAGAAAUUCGCAAAUUUGGCGUAGAACCAUACCCGCAUAAAUAUGAACCUACACACACAAGCUCCGCCAUCCAUAGAGACUUUGCUGACAUUCAAGAAACGCCCGAUGAAACCCAAAAAAUCCGAAUCGCCGGUCGGAUCAUGACGAAACGCGACCACGGAAAAAGCAGUUUUGCCCAUCUGCAAGACGGUGAAGGUAGAAUUCAGAUUUACGUCCGACGAGACAAUGUAGGUGCAGAGCCGUAUAAAAUCUAUCGACGCUUUGAUACUGGCGAUAUCGUCGGUGCCGAGGGAACACUUUUCCGGACACGUACAGGUGAACUUACCGUCCUUGUUGACUCCAUACACCUCCUCUCCAAAUCUGUUCGACCGCUCCCAGAAAAAUGGCACGGUUUACAAGAUAAACAAACACGUUACAGACAACGUUACGCAGACCUCAUCAUGAACCCUGAGGUGAAGGACGUUUUCCUUAAAAGGACACGAAUUGUUCAAGCGAUUCGCGACAUGCUCAACGCGCAAAACUUUAUUGAAGUAGAAACCCCGGUCCUUCAACCAAUUUACGGUGGUGCAAACGCUCGUCCCUUCACAACGUAUCACAACACAUUGGAGCAAGCACUCUAUCUGCGUAUCGCAAAUGAACUCUACCUUAAGCGCCUAAUCGUAGGAGGAUUCGAUCGUGUUUAUGAGUUCUCGCGUGAUUUCCGAAACGAGGGAAUGGACAGGGAUCAUAACCCCGAAUUCACAAUGCUUGAACUCUACCAAGCCUACGCUGACUAUAUCCAGAUAAUGGAGCUCACCGAAACCCUCAUCGCUGAGACAGCAAAAAUCAUUCACGGGACAACGAAGAUUCAUUAUCAAGAACAUGAACUCGACCUCACACCGCCUUGGCGCAGGCUGAGUAUGGUGGAUUCAGUUCGAGAGCACAGCGGUAUAGAUCCCGUUCCACUCUCAGCGGACGAUUUAUACAAGAAAGCAAUCAACGCCGGUGUUGAACUGGUAGGUGAUGAAACGAAAGGGAAGAUCAUCGCUGAACUCUUCGACAAAUUUGUGGAACCGAAACUGAUUCAACCAACAUUUAUAACGGAUCAUCCUAUCGAGGUCUCACCGUUUGCGAAAAAGAAGCCCGAUAAUCCAGAGUUCGUUGAACGCUUUGAGUUUUUUAUCUGUGGGAUGGAGGUUGGAAACGCUUUUAGCGAACUCAACGAUCCGAUCGACCAACGCCAACGGUUUCUUGAGCAGGCAAGCAGUUUAGAGGCUGGUGAUAACGAGGCAUUUAUGGUGGACGAAGAUUAUUUACGCGCUUUGGAAUAUGGUAUGCCGCCGACAGGUGGACUCGGUAUCGGUAUCGAUAGGCUUACGAUGUUGCUAACGAACCAAUACUCCAUCCGCGAUGUUAUUCUGUUUCCACAGAUGCGUCCGGAAAGUUGA